AUGGAGUUCAAUGAGUGUCACACAAAUGAGGUAUUGGACCCGGUUGAUAUAGAGUUCUAUUCGGGAAGAUCUCGUACACCGAGUCCGACCCCAGUGCUCACUACAAAUGUAUGCUGCGAUCUGGAAGACAUACUAAGCGACGCUAUAUCAGAGUCACUUCAAGGAUCACUUAGAAUAAGCAGAAGUCAGUUAAUAAAUCAAGAACUUACAAUACGACCAGAGGCAAAUAUUGAAUCGAACGUUCCUGAAGGACUUGACCUUUAUAAAGUAAUUUUUGAGGUAGAAAGUGAUACAGAGGCCAGAAUGGGAGAUUUGGAUGGCACUACAGCUGCUAAAAACGAAAGUGCAAAAACUCAGGACUCCUGUCGGCUUGUUGGUGGCUCAAAGUUCUACGAGCUGAUGGAUGGGUCACAAGCGGCUGAGAUCUCAACGCCAUCGCCCACGGAGAAACAUGACCACAUGAAACCGAUCGAAAGCGAUGACGAAGUAUCGGACGUGGACCAGGAGUGCACGGUGUUCUGCGGCGUGAGCUACCUCGGCGCGCAGAACAUCGCCGACCCCAAGUCGGAGGCGGACAUCCAGCGCAUCAUGAAGGAGCUGAGCUCAAUGCCCGAGAACAGGGACGGCAUCGCGGUUUCGAUAUCGAUACCCGUGUGCUCCCAGGGACUGGUCGUGCUCUACCAGGCGGACACGAACAGCGUGAUGGCCCGCUACGCGGUGAACCGGAUCUCGUUCUACGCGCGCGGCGCCGCCGGCACGCCGGUGGCUUCGUGCUUCGCGUUCACGUGGUCGCACGGCGAGACGAAGGAGUCGGCGGUGUACCGCUGCCACGUGUUCCGCUGCCACAUCGCCGAGGCGGUCAACCAGGUGUCCAGUUGCUUCGCGAAGGCGUUCGAGCGCAUACCCCGCUCGAUGGCGUCGUCGCUGGUUGGCGAGCUGAGCGCGGCGCCCUCGAUGACGGGCUCGCUCACCGAGUCCGCCGGCCCGGCCGCGCCCCCGAUGCAGCUGAUGCACGUGCUGGAGUGCACGCUCGACAUCAAGGAGACCGACGCCAAGGGCACCUACAGUCAUGUGCCGAAGGAGCGCCUCGGCUUCAAGCUGCGCGGCGGCAUAGACAAGCAGGUGACCAUAAACGUUCAGCAGGUUACCAACAACGUGCAGGCGGAAAUGGACGAUUCGCAGGUGUCGUAUACCGGCGGUGGACUAUACAUUGAGCGAUGCUUCGGUAUACUCCUCGCGCCCGGCCGAAGCGUUAAGCACUCCGAUAUGAGAUUGCUCGAAAUGGUUAGCGGCGCUUCCGGCGGCUCGGGCUGUUCGGUGUGCGCCUUGUGGAAUGCCGGAGAGUCGGCGUUGGCCGCUUUCAAUGUGGCGAGCGGUGACGGCGCUCCGGCGUACAUGUCGCUCGCACUGGAUCUCGUCAUAAGGGGCAUCAGGGACCCGCUCAGGCUGAUUAUUGAAACCCCGGUGAAAGUUUACCCACCGACCGAGAGAUUUUGGUAUUACUCCAAGCGGCCUUUGGUGCAACAGUUCUACAUAAAUCUCAAAGAGUCCCUGGACGCCUUAGGGCAGCUGCAGUACGAGGUGACCAGCGUGGAGACGUCCGGCGAGCUGGACCGCUCGCGCCUGAAUCUGCCUCUCUCGCUCUCCAGCCUGCUGCCCUCGCCGCUCUCAAGCGCCCCCGCUCCCCCCUCACCCUCCGAGCCGGAUUCAGAUGGUGACGAACCAUUGUUGAGUGGUACUGGAGAGGUAUCUAAAGAUUGCGGCGUUGAUGUGCUAGAGAACUGGGCGCAAGUCCUUCGAAGCUGGGUGGGGGCGAGGCCGCGGGCGCUGGGGCAGCUGGUGCGCGUGGGCGUGCCGGAGGCGCUGCGCGGCGAGGUCUGGCUGCGGCUCGCCGGCGUCGACCAGAACGAUAAGCUGAUGGAGACGUACAGGACUCUUAUAAGCAAGGACUGCCCCUUCGAGGCGGUGAUCCAGCGCGACAUCGCGCGCACUUUCCCCGCGCACGACUUCUUCCGCGAGGCGGGCGGCCUCGGCCAGGACUCGCUGCUACGGAUGGCGCGCGCCUACGCCGUCUACGACCACGAGGUCGGCUACUGCCAGGGGCUCAGCUUCCUCGCCGCUACGCUGCUGCUACACAUGCCCGAGGAACAAGCGUUCUGUCUGCUUGUGCGUCUGAUGUACGGCUACGGUCUCCGGGAGCUAUACAAGGACGGCUUCGAAGCUCUCUACAUGCGGCUGCAUCAGCUGGACAGGCUGAUGGAGGAGCAAUUAAACGACCUGCGCGUUCACUUCCAAGAGCUGGGCGUGGAACCGCACAUGUUCGCUUCCCAGUGGUUCCUGACCGUCUUCACCGCGAGAUUCCCUCUGCCCCUGGUCUACCACAUUCUGGACGUGUUCCUGCUGCAAGGAAUGGACACCCUGUUCCAGGUUGCUCUCGCUCUGCUCUCUCGCUCCCGGAAGGACCUACUGCAGCACGACUUUGAAGGCGUCCUCAAAUAUUUCAGAGUGACGCUGCCCAAGAAAUGUCGCGCUGAGGAGUCCUCCCGUCAAAUCGUGAAGCUCGCCUGCAGCAUCAAAGUGAAGCGUCUGCACAAGUAUCAGCUCGAAUAUGAGAAAUUCAUCAAAGAGUCCGCUGAAAAGGAGAAAAUAAACGUGGAACUCGAGCGUCUGAAAGUCAGCAGCGGUCAGCUCCAGCAAGAGAAGGAAUCUCUCGAAACCCAAUUAGCACAGACCCGAGCCGCCCUGGAGGAGGCGCAGAAGGAGUCCGUCCACUACGCGGCGGUGGCGCGCGACUACCGCGAGAUAUGCGCGCGGCUCGACAAGCAGGUGCAUCAAAUGCAGGAGUAUGCUAAGAACUGCGUCAAUUGCAGCCUUAAGCUCGCACAGAAGGAUAAUAAAGAAGAGUGCGGGCAUAAAGGCGAGGCGAAGGAGGAGGGCUCGAGCGAUACCGAGGCCCGGCUGAGGCAGCGCGUGCGCGACCUUGAGCUGGAGCUGGCGCAGGUGAAGCUGGCCCACGUGCAAGCGCAGUGCAGCAACCAGGAACUCAGCCACCAGCUAAACGCCGCCCUCAACGAGAUGCAGAUGAACCAGAAGCAAUCCGUAACGCCCUGGCUCGUCCGUACUCUCGGUUCCAUCAUGGAGGCCGCGCAGAAUCGUCCCUCGUUCCAGACCUACCUGCCUACCGUCAGCCAGGAUACGCAGCCGCCCCUACACAGGCACGGCUCGCUAACUAACGUCCAAGCGCAGCACACGAACCUCGACAGGCGGGUAUCCGAGCCGUACAGUCCCGACGUGGUCAGACGGAAGAAGGACCUGAACGCGAAGCGGCACUCGAUGCUCGUCGAGUCCAACAUCACCAAGGAGGCGAAGGAGCUCAACCGGCGGAGCCACGAAGUUGCCAUAGUGAAGAACCUCUCGAUGGGC